AUGGCUGAGUCUUGGUUGCUGCUUCUCCUGGCCCUUGGGUGUCCAGCCCUGCCCACAGAGGCAACCACUCUCCUGAGGCCGGCAUAACAAGGUGUGGGCAGCACACCCUUCCCCUCUCUGGCCCCACCAAUCACACUGCUGGUGGACGGGAAGCAGCAGACGCUGGUGAUCUGCCUGGUCCUUGACGUUGCACCCCCUGGCUUUGAGAGUCCCAUCUGGUUCUCAGCUGGCAAUGGCAGCUCACUGGAUGCCUUCACCUAUGGCCCUUCCCCGGCGGAGGAUGGCACCUGGACUCGCUUGGCUCAGCUCUCCCUGCACUCUGAGGAGCUGGCAGCCUGGGACACCUUGGUCUGCCACACCGGGCCUGGGGCUGGGGACCACAGCCAGAGCACACAGCCCCUACAGCUGUCAGGCGCCACUUCCUCGGCCAGGACCUGCCUCUGGGAGCCUCUCCGGGGGACGCGGGCCCUGGUGCUGCGGCUCGGGGCGCUACGGCUGCUGCUCUUCAAGCUGCUGCUGUUGGAUGUGCUGCUGACGUGCAGCCGCCUCCGCCCCCCGCCCGCCGCGCGGGGGGACCCGGCCGGGGCGCCUGGGUCUGGGGCCGCCGGUCUCCUCUCGCCCCCCGAGGUCCUCCGAGCGGAUAGCCGCCUCCUGCCGCUGCUUCCGGCGCCUCGAGGAUCGUCCGCAGGCCCCGCCGACCGGAUUCGCCGCAAUCAUGGGGGCACCACAGGCCGAGGUCUCAGCGUGUCCGCCUCGCCGCCGCUGGAGCCCCAGGACCGCCGCCGCCGGGAUCACACCCGCCGUCCCGGUCGGGAUCCCAGAAGCCCAGUCUGGGAGGAGGGGCCGCCGGUGCUCAGGGCCUGGAGCUCGGGACCCUCCUUCAGGCUUCCCACUUCAAGCCUUGGAGCAUUUCUCUGUAAUCUACCUCCUUCAGCUGACCCGAGCUUCCCCGGGGGCUAGGCUCGGUCUCCCCCUCAGACUGAGGUUCUUUCUGAGCUAAAAAAAGCUUUGUCUCUCCCAUUAGAUUGGAAGCCCCUUGAGGGUGGUGAUCCACCCAGGCACCGGGACAUCUGAGGUGCAGAUAGUUGACAACAAUUAAAGGAGAACUUAUAUAUAACACA